CCAGCCAGAGACGGAAGCUGUGUGCGCCCAGUUCCUCCUCAGUCCUGAACCGCCCUUUUCCCAUGGCGCCGGAGCCUCCUUGGUCAAUGUCAAGUGCCGUCUGCUCCUGAUCCCAAGCCUGUGCUGAGACCUCUCGGUGAACAGGGUCAGAUCCCCGCGCGUGAAUCUCAAGAAGGCCCGGUCUUUCAGGGGAUCUGUGGAGUUACAGCCCAGGCCACCCCUUUCCGAGUUCUGACAGAUUCACUGGAGCUUCAGAAAGUGGGCCUUCAGAUACAAGCAGUUUUUGGGUCUGGGGGCUCAGGGGAGGAGGGCUUGGGCCUGGCGCCUCAGGCAGGGCCUGGCCUUGGGGGGGCUCAGGGAACGAGGCUGCUGGAAUUGUUCUGCCUUCCCUACCAAGGGUCUGAGGACACAGGCCCAUUUGUAUCCCUGCCAUGGGGCCUUUGAGGGCCCUGUUUUUGGCAUUGGCUGCAGGCCUGAGCACUGCCAGCCCACCUAACAUCGUGUUGAUUUUUGCUGAUGACCUGGGAUAUGGGGACCUGGGCUCCUAUGGGCACCCCAGUUCCAGCACCCCCAACCUGGAUCAGCUGGCUGAAGGGGGACUGCGUUUCACAGAUUUCUAUGUGCCCGUGUCUCUGUGCACACCGUCUCGGGCUGCCCUCCUGACUGGCCGGCUCCCAGUUCGGUCAGGCAUGUAUCCUGGCAUUCUGGGGCCCAGUUCCCAAGGGGGCCUGCCCCUGGAAGAGGUGACUCUAGCCGAGGUACUGGCUGCUCAAGGUUAUCUCACAGGGAUGGCUGGCAAGUGGCAUCUUGGAGUGGGGCCAGAGGGAGCCUUCCUGCCUCCACAUCAGGGCUUCCAUCGAUUCCUGGGCAUCCCAUAUUCCCAUGACCAGGGCCCAUGUCAGAACCUCACCUGCUUCCCGCCAGACACCCCCUGCAGUGGUGGUUGUGACCAAGGCCUCGUUCCCAUCCCAUUGCUGGCCAACCUCUCUGUGGAGGCCCAGCCCCCUUGGCUGCCGGAACUAGAGGCUCGGUAUGUGUCUUUCUCCCGAGACCUCAUGGCUGAUGCCCAGAGACAGGGCCGACCAUUCUUCCUGUACUACGCCUCCCACCACACCCACUACCCUCAGUUCAGUGGACAAAGCUUCACCCAUCGCUCAGGCCGGGGGCCGUUUGGUGACUCCUUGAUGGAGCUGGAUGCAGCUGUAGGGGCCUUGAUGACAGCUGUGAAGGACCUAGGUCUGCUUGGAGAGACACUGGUCAUCUUCACUGCAGAUAAUGGUCCUGAGUUGAUGCGUAUGUCCCACGGCGGCUGCUCGGGCCUCUUGAGAUGUGGGAAAGGAACAACUUUUGAAGGUGGUGUCCGAGAACCUGCCUUGGCCUUCUGGCCAGGCCACAUUACUCCUGGUGUAACCCACGAGCUGGCCAGCUCUCUGGACCUGCUGCCCACCCUGGCAGCCCUGACUGGGGCUCCACUGCCCAACAUCACCUUGGAUGGUGUUGACCUCAGCCCCUUGCUGCUAGGCACAGGCAAGAGCCCACGGAAGUCUGUCUUCUUCUACCCGUCCUACCCAGACGAGAUCCGUGGAGUCUUCGCUGUAAGGAAUGGAAAAUACAAGGCUCAUUUCUUCACACAGGGCUCUGCCCACAGUGACACCACUUCUGAUCCCGCCUGUCAUGCUGCCAAUCUCCUUACCGCUCAUGAGCCCCCGCUACUCUAUGACUUGUCAGUGGACCCCGGCGAGAACUACAAUGUCUUGGAAAGGAUGGAGGAGGUCUCCCCAGAAGUUCUACAGGCUCUGAAGCACCUGGAGCUGCUCAAGGCCCAGUACGAUGCAGCUAUGACCUUCAGCCCCAGCCAGAUAGCCAAGGGUGAGGACCCUUCCCUGCAGAUCUGCUGUCGGCCGAGCUGCACUCCCCACCCAGCCUGCUGCCGCUGCCAGAGCCCCAGGCCUGAGAGGAGCGGAGAAACCACAGGGCUCCCCCAAGGGUAGCCCAGGACUCCUAGCCCUGUCCUGAGUGUGUGAUGGUUCAC